AUGGCAAAGGCAUAUACUCUACAAAAAUUUAAAGAGUUAAUGGGAAGGGUGGACCAAAUUGAUAAGAGAGAUAGGGCGUAUUUAUUCCAAAUUGGCUACCACAAAUGGGCAAGGGUUCAUUCUAUUGUCAAACAGACUUGGACGAUGACAUCAAACAUAGCGGAAUCCAUCAACAACACCAAUAGAAUAGCUAAAAGAUUACCUGUGGUUUCAACAAUGGAUUUUAGGAGGUUAAUGAUUGAAUCAUGGAAUGCAAAACAGCAUGAGGAGGCAACAAACACAUUAACAGAGUUGACGGUCAAAUAUAAUGAUAUUUUGACAAAUAAUCAUUUGCUAUCUCAGAGAAUGAUAAUAAAAGUAUCCAAUGAAUUUCUGCAUACUGUUACUAACGAAGAAAAAAGAUUCAUUUACAACAACAAGAAUUUCAGAGAUGCUUAUUCCAUACCAGUUGAACCUCUUCCUCGUGAAAGUACAUGGGAAAUACCAUGUGAAGUGUUGGAUGAAGUUGUAUUGCCACCUGAUUCUAAACGACCUCCCAAAAGACCAUGUUAUGAAAGAUGGAAAGCACCAAAUGAAGACAAGUGUAAACGUUCAAAGGUUACAUAUAGUGACUGUCAUCAUGAGGGGCACAAUAAAAGGACUUGCCACAAACAUGCACCAUCUGCUUAA